AGGAAUAUUAUGAUUAGUGACGUCAGGGAGUGUGUACACCCUCCGCUUUAUUUUCGCUCUCUUCUACAUGGCUUAGGGUUAGGGUUAGGUCUAAAGAGAUAAACACCGGAAAGCUACUCUAUAUAAGGGGGAUUUUAAAAGUUAUUAAUUACUUUUUGGCCAUAUAACAGCUUGCUACCCAGCGGCCUGGUUACCUGUGAGAGGGUUAACAUCUAGCUAAGUCUCCACCUAGCUAACUGAGCUCUCGUGGAUUUCUGUCUCUCAUGGCAGCGCCAGUUAGACACUGAGUCGAUUACUUCACGCUUCUGGCAUUCUGUAGCUUGACAGAAACACAGCUUCGUAUGGAAUAAGCAGCUGGACACUGAAGGGAACUGAAGAGUCUCUGGAUGCAGGAUGCCUCUGUUCUACAGGAAGAAGAAGCCGAGUGAGGAGUCCAAGAAACGCCUGGAGUAUCAGUUAUGUCUGUCUAAAGAAGCAGGUGCAGAUGACAUCCUGGACAUUUCUAACUGUGAGCUUACAGAGGUUCCAUCCAAUGUCUUCUCCAUCUGCAAAGUGCUUCAGAAAAAGGUGCUCAUCCUCUGUGGAAAUGAGCUCAAGUCACUGGUACCGAAAAGCUGUGUCAUAACCUCACUGGCAACUAUAAAAGUGUUGGACCUCCACGAAAACAAGCUCACAUCACUACCAGAUGAUAUUGGACAGCUGCCCUCCCUGCAGGUGUUAAAUGCAGAAAAUAACCAGAUCAAGACACUUCCAGUGUCUAUAGGCGAUCUUCGGAAUCUACAGACACUAAACAUGAAAGGGAACUGCCUACGUGAGCUGCCCUCGUCUGUGGGGCACAUGGGCAGUCUGCGCACGCUGGACCUGAGUGAAAACAGCAUCAAAGAGCUGCCCAAAGAAUUGGCCAACGUCCGAACCCUUGAGAGCUUGACCCUUGAUGCGUGCGUUAUGAGCUACCCACCUGCCUCAGUCUGUACAGCAGGCACAGAAGAAAUCCAGCGCUUUCUCUGCUCAGAGCUGGGGCUGGAGUAUUGUCCUCCCUCACAGUACCUGCUGCCCGUGUUAGAAAACGAUAGCAACAAGUCGAGCCUGGACUGCGUUGAUGGGGAGGAUCUAGCCUGGCAGAGCAAAUUUAUGGACUAUGAGAAGAUAAAGGAGCAGAAGCAGCUGGAGAAGCUGAACUUUGAGAAGAACCUGGAAGAGAAACAAAGAGAGCAAACACAGCUUCUUCUUCUCAACAACUCACGCAAAGAGUGCAUGCUCCUUUCGGUCAAACUGGAGCAGGAGCGAGUAGAGCAGGGUGUCAGCCAGCAACAAAAGGUCCAGGAGGCUGAGAGGCAGAAGCUGCUGGAAAAAGUUCGAAGAGCUGAAGCCAGUAUCACCUCUCGUAUCUCUAAUCUGCUGCUUGACAACAAACGCCAAGCAAAAAGUGCCGAAUUUCUGCAGGCGUUAGAGGAAGAUCGAAUCCGGAUGGAGCAGCUUACUGCCGUCACCCAGGAAGAAGCCAGCACUCUGAGAAAGAGAGAUAUUGCAGUUGCUAUGCAGACCAUGUUAUCUGAGAGCUAUGCAGUGAGGUUACUGCAGGAGGCCAGUGAGGCCAGGAGACAGAAUAUGGUGUCUGAAGCCUGCAAGAGUAUGGAGACAUUGGACAGGAAGUUUGAGCAGGUUUUGGCCCUGCAGCAGCUUGAUAAAAGCAAAGCCAUCAGCCAGAUCCUUCAGGAGGAGGAGAUGCAGAAGGCAGCCUUUGAGGCCUUGCAGCUCCAAAGGGACAGUGUGCAUGGCUAUAUUCGCAAUCAGAUAAGGCUAAUUGAGGCAGAGUUAAUGCAGCUGACAAAGCUGGAGGUUAAAAGGAGAAAUCUGGAUGCAGAAACCCUGCAGGAGGCAUUGGCAGAACAGAGGACAGCUCUGUCUGAUAUGCUCCAGCAGCUGCUGAAACAGAAGGACCAGAGGGAGAUAGAACUCAAACAGAUUCUGAUGGAGAUGGAGCUGAAGAGCGACUCCACUCAGCAAAACUACUGGAUGAUCCAGUAUCAAAGACUGCUGGCUGCCAAGCCUCUGUCGCUGUGCAUGCAGGAAGUUGGUGUGGAUCAGGACCUGGUGAACAUGUUGUGUAAGCUGUCUGCUCAGCAUUACCUGCCAAUUAUAGCUCAUCAUCGAAUCACAGCAGAGGUGCUGCGUCACAUGACCACCAAAGACCUUAGCAAGUUGGGAAUCAGUGAAGUGGGAGUCCAGAAAUCCCUCCUGCACUGGGCCAGGGAGCAACAGAAUUCCCCUAGGAAUUCUCCUAAGAAUUCCCCAAAGAUGUUUCAGGAGGAACAAGAACCUGGUCCGUCCAUGCCCAGCACUUCCCUGCAGCACCAGCUGACCCCACCUCGAACCCCAAGCACUCCCCUGACCCCUACAGCCCCCAGCCCACUGGACACACCAGGCACAAGCGAGUGUGUGGUGUGCAUGGAGGAUAGGUCCCUAGUGGUCUUCUUGCCAUGUGGCCAUAUAUGCUGCUGCCAGGUUUGCAGUGAUGCUCUACAGUCAUGCCCGCUGUGCCGUUGCCACAUCUCUCAGCGUAUCCGCCUUUACCAUGGCUGAACCCGUCCAGGACCCGGUCUGACCAUUUAUGCUGUUCCACAUGCUUAGAAAAUACCUGCAAUUCAGAUACCUUUUUUCCAUCAUGCAUGAAGUCCUAGGCUAUGAUUUUCCAAAAAUAAUCCAGGAACAUUUCAAGUAGGAAAGGAGACUUGCUACUAAAUACCAAAUUAUUUCACUUUAUGCAUUUAACUUAGUGAGAAACAGAUUGUAAGAGUUUAGCCUCCUGAACUUAAGCAGGUAAUCAAGAGCUCUGGUUGUCAUGUUUUUGCACUAUUUUAAUAUUUGUGCCUUUUUGUGUCCGAUGUGCGUUUUCCCCAAAUCCUGACUGUUACUACAUAAAAAUCAUUUUGCAUGUUCUUAAACGACAUCAAUUACUAAACUCGUUCACUAUCGGUCAUGCUCGUGAAUUGUGACAUGAUGCCUCCAUCAACCAUCUUCUUACUGUAAGCUGUAGCUUCUGUGAUGUAUGGAUCACAAAGGAACAAGGAAGUACAAAUGGAGUUUUUCUUUUUUUCUCCAAUAACUUUUGGGUAAUUUGAGCUGGAUGGGUCAGACUUGUGUUUGAGUGGUAUGUUAGCAGACCUGAAAUUUCCUCAGUUACCCCAGCUCCACUUUUUGCCCAAUCACAGUUACGAAAGUGAGGUUAUGAAAGGUUCCUCUUUGAACCUGAGCAAAAGUGCGGCUACCAGGUCUUUUUUUUUUUUUUUGCCAUUUUAUACACACAGUUUUGGUGUAAAAGGUUUAUCCGUGGUAAAGGUGAAUAAUUCCCUCAUUUUAAUGGUCAAAGAAAUAAGAAUGAGCAGAAAUGGCUUCACUACAAUUUGAGUACCGUAGUAAUCUAUACUUGGUUAAAUGUUUUUGUUUAACCUUUAGUACUUAAAUGGGAACAUAUUAAAAGACCAAGACUACAAUUUCAGAAAAUGCUCUUUGUGCAGGUAUAAUGCAAUCAAUAGUUUCUAAUAGAAAUAUGAAAAAAUUAUCUUUUCUUAUGGAGCUUCACAGCCAAGGCUCCUAUGGUAUAUAAGAUCUAAAUGGUUAAUACACUGCUCGUCACCUGAUAGUAAGCAGUUCAGUAAGGGUAUUGUAAUGUGAAACUUCAGUUUUCUUGAUUGAGCCAGUUGGUUGAUGGCAUGGCCAGGCCGAUUUAUGCUGGAAGGAAGAUGAUGAAAAAAAAAACCUCAACCAUUCCUGUAUGUUGUCUAACUGAGUCAUUUAUUUGCUCAACACAACAGCUUCGUAAAGAGUAGCUGUUUGAGGUACUUUAGACUUCCUGUCAGCUCAAAUACUUUUAACCUGAAAGCUUAAUAUUUGACAUGGUGUUGCCUAUGGGUCUGUGAACAGAUUCAAACCCAUCCACUUUCCUUAGUUUUAUCUGAAAGGCAACACUAUACACAUGUCCCAUGCAUCGCAUGAAUUCUAUUAUACUCCAUGACCCGUACCAAAGUUGAUGUUUUUAAAUUACUUACUGGACCUUGUUAAACACUGCCUAUCUCGAAAGCUACAGUUAGGCAUAAAAUAUACAUUUGGCAGUGUUAUCUCUUCUUAAAAAGACUUAAGCAGUCUUUGAAUCAUGUUUAUUGUUGUGUUGGUUGGCCAGCCUACAUCUAGCUGUCUCCUGCAUUUUUUUUUUCCCCCUGCUGUGGUGAUUUAAAUUUUUCUAAGCUGUUAAUUGAGCAAUAUUCUCUGCUGGUGGUGUUUUGCUUAAAGUCUUGCCCAUGUCUUCCGCUUCCUGUUGAUGAAAUUUUGGUUGUAGGGAUGACGUAAAUAAGUUCAUAUAUAGAUACUCAGUUUUUACCCCUAUAUUCACUAAAGUGCUCUUAUAACAAAGCAUGCUUUAAAAAAUCCAUCUCGUCUAGAAAUCGCAGUCGUUACCAUGUCCUAACACAAUCCAUUUGAAGUUAAUAUUUAAAAAAUAUAUAGCAGGACAGGAUAACUGUGUAAAAGUCUGUCUUUUUUAGGUGGGCUGUGUUCAUUAAAUACUUUAAACUGAUAGAAUAAUUAUAAUUUUACACCAAUACAGUAGAAGUAACACGUCAUUUUGCUGUGCUAGUGUUGGAAUAAAUUAAAGGGUUAAAAAACAUCACUCACAUCAAGGAUUUCUCAUACUUCACACUCCUCCCUCCUCCCCCAAAUGCUUAUUUUCAGUGUUUAUGUCCCAAUACAAAAAUGGACGAAGCAAAAAGCACGAAAUGUUUAUCUUGUUUUUUGUUCACGCACACGCAUCUGAAUGUAGAAACAUUAAGAAAAGAUUGGAACACUGAACAUGGACAAGCAUAAUCAUAAGAGCAACAGAACAUCAUUCUAUCAAUGGUCAUAACAGCAUGGUGGUGUAGUUAGUUGUUAGCACUGUGGCCUCUCACAGGCCUCAGGUCUCUGUGUGUGGAGUUUACACAUUCUCCCUGUGCAUUACCUCAUCAUAUUAAAUUAUAAAAAUCUUCCCCCUACUUAAUGUUUGUCAUUACACAUAUAUCACUAUGUUGUUUAACCCAAUUGUGAAUGUUCUAUGUUCUAAGAAAGCUUACCUAAUGCAAACAUUCUGCUAAUCAGACAUGAAUAGAGAUAAAGACUGUAAAAUGUACAGCAAAAGCAAAAUUAGUAGCCGGUAUAUACACACACGCAGUGCUACAUUUUAUUUAAACUCACUAAAAUAUUAUCAUUUGUGAAAAUGCUUACAUAACACCAAAGCUGUGUACCUCCUGUAAUACAUGUAAGACUGUGCAUGUUUUUCUUAAAAUGUGAAAGUCAUUUUGAAACUUCUGUCAGACACUGUAAGAAUUAUUAUAUACAUGAUCUAGGUAACUUUGAAAUUUCUGAUCAGUCUCAGUUACAGUUUUGUUGUAGAUUAGCAUUACGUUUUAGCAGAAGCCAGGAGAUUAAUAGUGUUAUGAAUAUUCACAAUAAAGUCACUUUACAAUG